CACGUGCGGCGAGCACGCGCCGCAGCAUCAUCACCAGCCUCAUCCGGAGCGGCGGCGGCGGCGGCGAGCGAAACCUAUGACAUCACUUCGUCCUCAUCCGAUUGGCUGAAGGUCAAGGACUCGCGAGCCGGUCCUCAGCGCACCUCGCGGCGAUCUUCGGGUGUCUGGGAGCGAUCCGAGCGUCCGCCGAGGUACCCGCGCUUGACGCAGACGCGCAUCCCCGCGAUGGCAGAGAGCGAGGCCGAGACGCCGAGCACCCCCAUCGAGUACGAGAGCAAAUACUUCGAGCACCACGGCGUGAGGCUCCCCCCGUUCUGCAGGGGGAAGAUGGAGGAGAUCGCCAACUUCUCGCUCAGGAACAGCGACAUAUGGAUUGUCACCUAUCCCAAAUCAGGGACCAGUCUGCUGCAGGAACUGGUAUAUCUCGUGAGCCAGGGAGCUGACCCGGACGAGAUUGGACUCAUGAAUAUCGAUGAGCAGCUGCCUGUUCUGGAGUAUCCCCAACCGGGUUUGGACAUCAUACAGGAGUUGACAUCCCCGCGCCUGAUCAAGAGCCACCUGCCGUACCGCUUCCUCCCCAUGGCCCUGCAUAAUGGCGAGUCCAAGGUGAUUUACAUGGCCAGGAAUCCCAAGGAUCUGGUGGUGUCAUACUACCAGUUCCACCGCUCGCUGAGGACCAUGAGCUACAGGGGAACCUUCCAGGAGUUCUGCCGCAGGUUCAUGAAUGAUAAGCUGGGUUACGGCUCCUGGUUCGAACACGUGCAGGAAUUCUGGGAGCACCGCAUGGACUCCAACGUGCUCUUCCUGAAGUAUGAGGACAUGUACAAGGACCUGGCCACUGUGGUGGAGCAGCUGGCACGGUUCCUGGGCAUCUCCUGUGACAAGGCCCAGCUGGAGGCCAUGGUGGAGAGCUGUCAGCAGCUGAUAGAGCAGUGCAGCGACUCGGAGGCCCUGUCCAUCUGCAGAGGGCGCGUGGGCUUGUGGAAGGACAUCUUCACAGUGUCAAUGAACGACAAGUUUGAUGCGGUCUACAAGCAGAAGAUGGGCAAGUCAGACCUGACCUUUGACUUCAGCCUGUGAGGUGGGGGAGAUGACGCAUAACCCUGAGAGCACCUCACGCCAUACUGUGUGUGUCCACCGUACCCCCACCCUGCCCACAGGCUGCCCCCGCAAUGCACACCACACCUACAGGGUGUCCCCUUCACUCUCAGCCUAUGUUAACCUCCUUAUUAUAAUCAAACACAUGUCGUGCUAUCAUUAUUUGCCUUAUGUAUUUAUGUACGUAUGUAUAUACGGUACAGUUUAUUGUAUAAAUCAAUGGCUCAGCCCUGAAUUACAAUCUUGACUCAGUGAUGUCACAAGUGUUUCACAGAUCCUUUGCCUUUCAGAUUCAGAUUCUCGGUCACACCACACUGGACCUCGAAAGCACAGUAGUGCUGUGAUAUUUCAGCAACACAGUAGUGGGGAUACAAUGCAGGAAAAGUCAUGUCUCAGCCAGGAAAUCAUCUCAGGGCUCGCCUGUUCGGAGACACAAACCUGAGCUAAAGCGACGUCGCUCUCAGGCACGGCCGUGAACCCUGAACCUCCCGCCAUGCCCGCACGUGCUCACGAUGUUAAGUUUGCUGCUGGCACAAUUUGGGGGCAGUUUUCACUACUGUGGUUUUUCCUCAAAUGUUCUUGGUAUCUAUGAAGGUGAAGACAUGAGUUCAAUUAAGGACCAUAUUUAGCAGGCCCAUUUGGGCUGAUAAAGCCUUCUUUCAGUUUGCAUGUUCAAGGUUUGAAUUAGACUAUUACGUCAACCAGUUGAAUUUAAGCAAACAGGUACCUGCGUGCGCCAUUUCACGAGCAGGUAAUUACCACGGUUUCACAACAAGAUAGCGUGUUUGUACUCACCGCCCCAUCCAAUACCGUAGUCAUUAGCCUUACAGACAAUCCUCUGCCCUUCUGCUCUCCACAACCUACUGGAGGGUCUUUAUUUCACUCCAUUAGCGGUGAUGGAUUCAGACUGCCACUGAGGGUAAAGAAAAACAACUGUGCUUAAUGUGCAUUGCUGAACAAAAGAAAAGAAAAAAAAAAUUGCCACACAUAACCAGAAACAAAGACAGGAAGACUAGUAGAUGUUUGUGCACUGUCCAACCUCAAGGUGUAGCUUCUUUGAUUUUACCAUAUUGCCAGUGUAAGUUCACGUUACAUCUUCUUCAACCCUGCAUUGAAUCCAAGCAGCGAGAAAAAGCAAUCCCGUCCACAUCGCACAUCUGGACAGUCAUGAAUGUUUUUAAUUCUAUCGAUGUACAAAGCUUAGCUAUUCUAAAUAUGUGGCAUUUUAAAUGGCAUGGCUAUACUUCCUUGGUUACUUUGGUGUAUUCUAUAGGCAUACCACGGUUUGAGUUCUAUUUUUAUAUUGUUUAUGGUUAAUUGUACAAAUUCCAAAGCACUGUAAUGUCCAUGCUUGCUUGCUG